AUGUUUUCUUCAAGGACAAUUUCGGAAAUCUCCCCAAUUUCCAAAAUUCCACCGGCAUUAGGGUUCCGAUUUGAACGAUUUCAACAAGGGAUCGAACCUUUUCUUACAGUCUUGAUCAUGUGUAGAUUGGUUGCUAGUGAAGACACAUCAGCUGGUGAAUUAGAGCAUCAUCAAAGCACUGUAAAUGGAACUCGCCGCAUGCACCCACAGAUUCAAGCACAAAUUGCACGUUUGGAAGCAAGGAUAAGUAGGGUUGAAGCUCGGAUGGAAAGGCUUGAAACAAUUUCAAUGGAAUCAACUUCAUCGAUGCCACUGAGUGAAAAUGUUUAUUUAACUACUUCGAAAUUUGACUCGUGUGAUGAUUUAUUGAAGAGUGUUCGAGAAUUUUAUUAUUCUAAAGGAUAUGGGAUAUCUAUUCGUGGUUCAAGAAAAGACAAACAUGUGAUUUUGCAAUGUGACAGAGGUGGUUUAUAUCGAGAUAUACGAGGUAUUUCAGGUAAACGAAAAAAAACCACCGGAUCGGGUUUGAUCAAUUGUCCUUUUAAGCUUUUGGGCAAAAGGAGUAGUGAUGGUGCUUGGAUAUUUGAUGUAAAAGACUUAUCACAUAACCAUGAGCCAUCUACGGACAUCUCCGGACAUCCCUCGUUUCGUCAGUUACCAUCGGAAAGCAUAAAAAGUGUUACAGAAAUGACCAAGGCCGGGAUUCCCCCGAGACAAAUUCUUUCUUCUUUGCGUCAACAAACCCCAAAUCUACCAGUAAUCUCUAGAAACAUAUACAACGUGAAGAGAAAAAUCCAAAGGGAAAAUUUAAGGAAUCGACCUAUGAUCAAUGCAUUAUUUGAGGAGCUUGACGAAGGUGGUUUUACUUAUGACAUUUCACAUAAUGCAGAGGGUCGUAUAUCUCGUUUGUUCAUUGCACACCCUUUGUCGAUUAAAUUGGCUAAAGCUUUCUCCAACAUAUUUUUGAUGGAUUGCACCUACAAAACCAAUAAAUAUAACAUGUCACUCCUUGAUAUUAUUGGUGUUUCGUGUUUUAAUACUGCCUUUUAUUCUGGGUUUGUUUUCUUGAAAAGAGAAGAUGAAGAAAACUAUUCUUGGGCAUUACGAGCAUUUAAAGAGAUUAUUGGACAAGAUCCAGAACUUCAUUAUCACGUAUCUCACUUUGCCUUGAAGGAGAUAUAUAAGCAAUAUGGUUUUACGAAAGAUGGUAGUAUGACUCCUUGCACUGGUCACUAUAUGGCAACCAUGAGUCUUCCAUGUGCUCACAAGAUAAAAUAUUGGCAAGGAACUACUUUUCCGUUGGAUUUAAUCCAUCCGCAAUGGAGGAUUGACACACUAUCGCUAAAUUUACAAAAUGAUUUGCAUGAUGAAGACACUGGUAGACUUGAUGAGUUGCUUAAUGAAUUGCGCUCAACGUACCAAAGGUGGCCCUUAAACAAGAAAAAACAUGCACUUUCGCUGAUUACUGAACUUCUGAACCAAUCUGAUGCCUUUUUUGAGUCGGUGGUUCAACGACCAAAAGGAAGACCUCCAAAAUCAAAAAAGAAAGGAGGAAUAACAUCAACGACACGGGAUCCUUCAAGAUUUGAGUUGGUAGAAUCUUCACAAAGACGUAAUGAAGCAAAUGGUGAAAACAACUUAUUUGAUUUAAACGUAUAUCCAUUAGAUACGUUUGAUUUAGACGGUCCUUUUUGA